GAGCCACGAGCUGCGUGCUACUUUGAAAACAGCCGCUGACGCACAGCUGGAUCAGGAGGGGCGCUUAACUUUGGCGUUAGUCACUUCUACUAAAGGCAGCGAGAGAGGGAGUUCAACAAGUCAUACCUGCUCCUGCAGAUAAAUAUCGACGAUGGAGGAGGCUUUCUAAACUUCGAGAAGGCUGUUCAACUGUAGCUGAAGACUUAAACAGCUGCCUGCCUGUCGCCGUUUAGAUCUGACAUUUUCCUCAGUUUUAACAUGAGUGGAGUGUGCAUGUGCAUUUCAUGGAUUUGGAGACCAGUGUGGACAGUUUUGAUCAUUUUGGCUACUGUCCCCUGCAUGUUGUACUGCUCGGAGGGUCAACCUGAUGAUGGAAAAAUGUACCCCAGAGGGAACCACUGGGCUGUAGGUGAGAGAAACUUUUUAAUUCUCAAUAACACAAGAGAAAAAUGUUGACUUUUGCUUUUCUUUUCCUCAAAAUUUUCAGGAUUAAACAUUUUACUUGCUUGAUUUUAGACUUUUCUUUACUAAUAUUUGAGGAAAUGUUUGAUAAUGAUCAUUUUGAGGGGAUUACAUUUGAAUUAUAAUAAACAAAGAAAAAGUGAAUAGAAAAUAGAAGACGUUUUCUAGUAAAUACAAUAAAAAUGGGUAUCUCUGGGGGUAAAAAGCUGUUUGUUUACCCCAAAUCAUGCUUUUUCUAAUAUUUAACAUUUGCCUUGAUUGAUUUUAGACUUUUCUAUGCUAAUAUUUAAGAAAAUGAUUGAUAAUGUUCAUUUUUAUGAAUUGCAUUUGAAUAAUUGUGGAAAAUAGAAGACUUUUUUCAGUGAAUACAAUAAAAUGGGUAUCUUUGGGAGGUGAAAAGCUGUUUGUUUACCCCAAAUCAGGCUUAAAAGUUGGAAAAGGAUAACAUUCACUUUAUGUUACUCUUUCUUUUUCUGUCUAAUUCCACAGAUGAGAGCCCAUCAAACUUUAAUUGGAUCCUAUUUAAGUAAUGACACAUUUCAUCAUCAUGCAUUAAAUUUUGUCUGUCUUUCAGGUCAUUUGAUGGGAAAGAAGAGCACAGAAAGCCUGCCUGAACUGCAAGACACAAACAGCGACUACCUCACACCCUCCGAAGCAGCCAGGGUCACCGAGAUGGAGCGAUAUGCGCGUCUGAUGGAGGCUCCGAAGCAACAGAAGAAUCAAAAGCAGACGAUUGCAGAAAGGCUGUUUCGGCUGCGUAGCGGCUGGAGAGAAGAAGACAAAGACAAGUAUCUCAGAGAGGUUGGGUUUUACAUUUAAAUUCUCCCAAAGUCAUUUAUUCAACAUAUAUAUCUUUAAAAUUUACCUGUGUGAGAAUAACGUUUUUUUGUUGACGUGUUUUUCUUCAUUUCUUCUCUGCAUCUUAGAUGUCAAACCUGCUUUUUCUUGCUCUGAAACUUCAAGACGACGACUCCACCUGAUGAGUGAACAUCAAUAUCUGUUAACCAUGUUAUCACAUAUCCACGCCUCACUCUCUCCACUGUAACAACACCCUGUAAACCUGAUACAAGUUUAUUUUAUUUAUCAUUAUGUUGCAUAAGAUAAUACUGCAGAAUAAAUAUAACAUUGUGAUAACUGCAUUGUGGUCCUUCUCUUUAUAAAACUAUUUUUAUUGGAAAA